UCAACGCGGACGGUUUUAUUAUUGUUGAAGGUUGUUUCAUUUCGCUGAUCGUGCCCUGCGUCGAGUGAUCGCGUUAUUUUGUUGUUGUAGGAAACUGCUAAAAAGGAAACAGAUUGUGAGUGUAUGUGCUGUUUCUGGUUGUUUCGGAAGCCGACGGUCUUCAAGCUUGUGGGGAACCAUACGGAUUGGAAAACUGUUGAUGAAAUACGGGGAAAUACUUGUUUGGUGUUGAGAAAAAGUUAAGAUUUAUGAGUGUGAAGCGAAGUAAGAAAAAUUGUGCACCGGAUCAAAGGUAGAAAAAAUAAGACGAAGAAAAUGUUCCAAUAAGAGUGUAUCGGAAGAAAUAAAAAAGUGUUUAAGAUUAAGCUGGAUUAAAGUGCGAUACUUUUAAAAAAAGAAGGCUAUUUAAAAACAAGAAGUACAGGAAUGCAAGUUGAGAGCGACACGAGGAAAAAAGGGUUUCUCGACGGAUUUCAUCAGUGUCUACGGCUGCGUGAGAGGUCACGCCGUGAACGAGAUUGGUGCCGGUUGGAAGUGAGCCGCGCAAGUGCAUCAUAAUCAGUUUCGAGAAAUUGCAACAAAGUGCAUGAUGAAAGACUAAGGCACGGCUCGAAAGAAAUUAAAAGUUGUUUUAGCGACGUGUUGGUAACGCUUUUGGAAAUAAUGACUAGUCUCAGAACCAGCCCAUAGGGUUCCUACUAGCAUCGGUUUUGUACCAGGCGCACAUUACUCGUCACACGGACGUCCAACCGAUUUGAAGACGAUUUUUUUGAAAGGAUUGGCCGUGGCUGAGAUGCGGUCUGGCGGAAAGUUGUUUGUGUUGUGUGUUUUCAAUGAGCCGAGUUCGGAAAUAGGUGCCUAUUAGUGGCUUCGUUUGAAACCGGAAAGUGAAACAGUGAAUUCAAAGUGCGAUUAAACGGAAUUUGAGGAAGACGCAAUAAAUUUUGCAGCUGCUUGAUUUAGCUCUUCGGCAUUAGUGAUACAUUAGUGAAGUGAUAAUUGCAUUCGGAUUGUGUUUGUACUGAAUGUUACUGGACGAAUUGCAGUUUCUUUGGCUCUCUUGAAUAUCGUGAUAGUAUCGUGAGAAAACAUUAAAUUGGCUGUUUUUAAAUGUUAAGGUGACAACACGGUGAUAUCUCCGACACAGCAUCAAAGAAAUGCUGAUGCGCCAAAUAUAAAGGCUAGAUUUACAAUCCAUUAAUAGCAUCAUUAGGCGCGUCGUAAAACGAACCUAACCAACAUUUUGUCACAGCAAAACUGUACAGUCCUACGCACACAUGUUACAUGCAUUAGCAGCAGCCGAGAAAAUCGACUGCAAAAAAUUUGAAUUUUCAACCAUCAAAUAAAAACCGUAAAAUCUCGUGACGCACAACAGCGGAAGACGCAGAGAAGUAGCGAGAAUAAAAACAAAAGUUUGCGAAUACCAAAUGACAUUUCUUUUCGAAAAUUGAAUAAACCGCUUAACCGCGCUCCCGGCCACGAUCGCAGUCCGCAUGAUCCAACCGGGUGAUUGCCCGGAAGAGCAUUCGGCUCCUCAAACCAGUUCCCGGCCGAUGCGAAGCUGACAUGGUGACAUGUUGCUGCCAGACCAAACGUACGAACAGGCCAACAACCAUCAGGACUACUUACGAUCAUAUGAUGAAUUCAACCGAAUCAUCGAUCUGAAAGAAAUCGAUGUCAAGCGGUUGCACCGCAACAUUUUCGACAGCGAUAACGCGGACGAGUUUCUGGUGCUGACGAAUAAUGAGAUGAAAUUUUGUCAGGCCAGUCGAAGUGGUAGCAGCUUGCCCAGUGCGGCCGGAGUCAGUGCCGCAGGGCCAGCAUCGAGCGGUGGCGGAGGAAAAAGCCCUGGGCAGGAGGACACCGACAGUGCUAUUUGGAGCACCAGAGAACAAUUGAAAAGUCGGAAUGACAAUGGAAAAAAUGCAACGAGUGUCUCUGCUCGCGAAGUCCAGGGCCGUCGGAGGGAUAACAGGAGUCCGGAGGGAUUGAAGAGCAGAGCGGAACGACGACAUCAGAGAUCACGUCGAGAGAAUGACAGCAGCUGCAGUAGCCUUACCAGUGACAUCCAAACGGACGUUGGCAGCGAAGAAUAUGAAGACGAAAGACGAAACGGAUCUUCCCCGUUGCGUGAGCGGAGGGUUGCAGACGAGCAGGAAACCGAUUACGACAAGACGUCGGAUUUUUUCAACAACAUUCCCGAGUUUCAAGGUGAAUCGUUGGGUCCCUUCAACCUGAACAACAAAAGUGAUAUGAACAUCAGAACCAACAUCGAUAUCCUGCAUGCUUGCGAGUUGUUUCUGAUGCGCAACCGUAUCCGGCCGGAUUUCUUCUGCAAGUACAAAAAGGUUAUCAAUGCCUCCGUAUCAGCACCUCCCUCAUUUCCACUUUCGCGAACGAGAACUCCCGUUGACAGCACCGGUCGAAAACCGAAAAGUUUGUCUCCACCGAUGCAACGGCCACCGGCAUCACGAGGGAAUCUUGGAACCCCGCCCAAACCCAUCGCCACUGUCGCUGCCGUGAAUGCGAUCUAUAGUGUCCCAAACCGUGCCGCCAAACGGAGACGAUUUAUCGUCAACUCGAAUGCUGGUAAGUAG